CAAUGGAGUCUUUGAAUACAAUCCCAUUCUUAAGCUCUCAAAAAUUGAAGACACUUUGGUUGCUGGCAGUGGUUGUAGGAGUGAUAGGAGUAGCUGAGGGUAGGAAUGGAAGAAAUUGGUACGAGUCCCAAUAUAAUGGGAGGGAGUACUCAGCUAUAAGCUGCAGGGCACACAGUGCAUCCAUAACAGAUUUUGGAGGGGUAGGGGAUGGGAAGACACUAAACACAAGGGCAUUUCGGGAAGCGGUGAAUCAUCUGAGCCAGUAUGCUGCACAUGGUGGAGCUGAGCUCUUUGUUCCUGCUGGGAAAUGGUUGACUGGAAGCUUCAAUCUCACAAGUCACUUCACUCUCUUCCUUCACAAAGAUGCAGUCCUCCUGGCUUCUCAGGACAUAAACACCUGGCCAGUGGUUCAGCCCUUGCCAUCUUAUGGUCAUGGAAGAGACACUUCUGGUGGAAGAUACAUCAGUCUCAUUUUUGGAUCAAACCUUGUAGAUGUUGUUAUUACAGGUAACAAUGGCACCAUUGAUGGUCAAGGUGCACUUUGGUGGCAGCAGUUUCACAGUAAAAAGCUAAAAUACACAAGGCCUUACCUGAUUGAGAUCAUGCAUUCUGAUCAAAUUCAGAUCUCCAAUUUAACCCUUGUCAAUUCACCAACUUGGAAUGUCCAUCCUGUGUACAGCAGUAAUAUCAUCAUACAAGGCCUCACAAUCUUAGCUCCAGUCAAGUCACCAAAUACUGAUGGAAUCAACCCAGAUUCUUGCACAAACGUAAGACUCGAGGACAACUACAUAGUGUCGGGAGAUGAUUGUGUGGCAGUUAAAAGCGGUUGGGAUGAAUACGGUAUAAAGUACGGCAUGCCCACCAGACAGUUGAUCAUCAGACGCCUCACCUGCAUCUCCCCCUACAGCGCCGCAAUAGCACUGGGAAGUGAAAUGUCCGGUGGGAUUGAAGACGUCAGAGCCUCCGACAUCACCGCCGUCAACACGGAGUCAGGCGUGAGGAUCAAGACCGCCGUCGGCCGCGGCGGCUACGUCAAGGGUAUAUACGUCAAGGGAAUGAGAGCGCACGCCAUGAAAUGGGUGUUUCGGAUCAGUGGGGAUUACGGCUCCCACCCCGACAACAAUUUUGACCCGAAAGCUAUUCCGGCGGUGACGGGGAUCAACUUCCGGGAUGUGGUGGCGGAUAAUGUGAUGAUGGCGGGCAGGAUGGAGGGAAUCUCCGGCCACCCCUUCACCGGAAUCUGCAUGUCUAACGUGACCAUUGGGAUGGCGAAGAACGGCAAGAAGUCGGCGUGGGAUUGUGCUGAUAUUCAAGGAGUGGUCAGUGGGGUGGUUCCUCCGCCAUGCGAGUUGUUGCAUAGUCAGGGCCCAGUCAAGACUGGAAUGUGCGAUUUGCCUGCGGGAAAUCUGGAAAUUGACAACAUGGAGAUGGACUUUCAGAAAUGUUAUAAUGGACUCCACUACUGAUAGAUGUACUUCAAUUCCAAGAUGCCCUCUGAACUAUAUACGGAGUAAUAUAAUAAAGGAAUAAGGUUCAAAUAGA